CUGCACUACGGGAGCCUCCUGGGCAGCAGAGCUUGUGCCCACAUGGCAGCAGCUGCCUGGGGCAGUGGCUUUCUCAAUGCUGUCCUGCACACGGCCACUACAUUUUCCCUGCCCCUCUGCCAAGGCAAUGCUGUGGACCAGUUCUUCUGUGAAAUCCCCCACAUCCUCAAGCUCUCCUUCUCAGAUGCCUACCUCAGGGAAGUUGGGGCACUUGUGUUUAGUGUUUCUUUAACAUUUGGUUGUUUUGUUUUCAUUGUGGUGUCCUAUGUGCAGAUCUUCAGGGCAGUGCUGAGGAUGCCCUCUGAGCAGGGCCGGCACAAAGCCUUUUCCACGUGCCUCCCUCACCUGGCUGUGGUCUCCCUCUUUGUCAACGCUGUCUUGGUUGCCUACCUGAAGCCCCCCUCCAUCUCCUCUCCAUCCCUGGACCUGGUGGUGUCAUUUCUGUACUCAGUGGUGCCUCCAAUCCUUAGUUGGACGGGUGCCAUUUCCAAAGUGGGGCAAGCUGAUUGGUUCUGCCUCAGCCAUUUGAAGCAUGCUAAACUUGAAUUUAUCAGCCUGAGUUUGCUAAAGAUGACCCAGGAAGAUUAA